CGACGCAAUCAACUUUCAUUAAUAUUAGGGUAGGUAUAUAAAAAUGUAAAAAUUAACAAAUCAUGUCUCUUUACCAUUACUCGCUCCAACAAUGCAUGCUAAAGCUUUAUUAUUACUGAGUUUGGCAACAUGCAUCCUUUGUGCUGAUAUUCCCAUACUAAACCAGUUCCAAGACAGCACACUCGAUGGACAAUACAAGUACGGAUACCAGUCAGGCGUAGAGAGUAAAUCUGAGCAACGCACUGCAGAUGGUCGUACUAUUGGGAGUUAUUCGUACUUGGACAAAGAAGGCAAGUUACAACACGUCAGGUAUUCAGCUGGAAUCGAUGGUUUCAAGGUGCUCACAUCGGAUACGCCAGCCCCAUCUCAAUUCGUAAGCGGUCCUCAGCAGUUGGGAAGUUUUGCAGCUGAAACCCCGGAAGUGGAAGCAGCCAGACGACGACACCAAGCCGCGUAUGAAGCCGCGCUUCGACAAUCUCCAAAGAUUCAGGAGCAUGCCCCACACUUCGAGCACUUUCAACGUCAUUUCCAAGGUCCUCUAGCUAGACCAGUCUUAGAUUCCCAAGGGCUUCUAGUGGACACACCCGAAGUGUCUGCCGCCAAAGCACAACACGCUGCCGCUCACGCCGAGGUUCGUAAAAUUCUACCAGUGGUGCCACAAACGAACCAAGGACCACAAAUCAGCUUUCCAUCAUUGCAUCACACGCCACAGUUUGACUUCCCUCAAACGCGGACGGUAACCAAGUUCGCCGAGGAGAUUCCACGUAACGCAUUGGGAGAGACCCCCGAAGUUGCAGCUGCCAAAGAAGCACAUUUCGCUUUCUACGCCAAAGUAAAAGCCCAAUUGCCCGAUAACAACAAGUCGCAAUUUCCAUUUUAAUGUAAUAUAAAACAUAAAUAAAAGUCUUUCAU